AUGGUUAGGGGCAGUCAACCAUGGUGCGUAGUCAUCGCCAUCCUAGUGGCCCUCCCCCCGACUACGCCGGUUAGUUUCCAUGUUACUGAAAAGGAAAAGUCCUGGGGAUGCCAGGGCGAUCGAGAGAUCGCCUGCUGCCCGGGGGACUGCAGACAGGUGGAGUUCGAACGACCCGAAUUCUACUCCUGUUCGUGCGCCGACACUCAUUACGCCAUGCGCACCUUUGAUCCCACCUCCGCCCACCUGAUUACCACCAAGUGCAUCAGCCGGCGAGAAAACUACUGUGUCAUCUGUCAUCCCAGCCACACCUACGCCUGCACUGAGAUUCCAGACAAAAAGUCCGCCGUCUGUCAUUGUCUGCCCGAGUACAGCACGGAGACUAGGUGUUUCCAGCUGAAGAAUGCCUGCACAGACACGACGCUGGGUUCCACAAAGAACGGCAAUGAGACCUGUCGUGUGGAGGAGGGAAACCUCUGCUUUCCAGAGCCCGGAACCCACCGAUACACUUGCGUCUGCGCGCACCCUCAUCGUGCUCUGUCAGAGAAGUCCUUCCCCAACUGCAUGGCCAGUCCCGAACACGCCUGCGAGCGAUACCUCUGCGUGGGCUUCCAACCGAGACCGCACAUCCCCACCUUGAUUACGCCAAGGUUAGUCACCAUAGCCACCGGCAGGAGAGACAGUCUGCACCCUAACGUGGGGCAGUGUGUGGCGCACCCGGGAGUCCACUGCCAGUGUCCCACAAAUUGGUACGGACCACACUGUACGAUCCAUCGGGGUCACCCGGAGGAAGCCACCUGGUCGCCCUGGUCCAACUGCCGGCCGGACUGCAUCGACCCCCGAGACGGCUACAGGGCACAUGGUGUCGGUUUCCUCUACACCCUGGCUUCCUGCUCAACUCAGGAGAAGAGUGUCUGCACCGGCAAGUUUAAAAUCUGGCGUCGAUGCAAGGUGACGCUGUUGUGCACCCUCAGCCAGCCCAGUGAGCAGUUCUCCCCGGAAGUCACCAGAGCACUGUCGAAGGCUAUGAAACUGGACGCACCGGUUCGUUUUCCUCUUUCUGGCAGAUCGCAGUCCCUUUGA